AUGACGAAAAAUCAACAAAUUACUAAUGACAACAAUAAGAACAGUGGAACACUUCCACUUUCUUCUGGUGAAACAAAGCAAAAUAGUUUGUCACAUACGUUGGCUCAAAUCGAGGUUACUCCACUUAUGAUAGGAGUUGCAGCUGUUGUUGUUACUGCUGCUACUUACGUUUGUGCUAGUCGAUUCAAGGCUCGAUCAGUUUCACCCAUAUCUCGUAAAUUUUAUAAAGGGGGUUUCAAACCUCAAAUGACUAGAAGGGAAGCCGCUCUUAUUCUCGGAGUAAGGGGAAGCAUCACAACCAAUAAAGUAACUAAAGCCCAUCGAAGGGUGAUGGUUGCAAAUCAUCCAGACAUUGGUGGUAGUCACUAUCUUGCUUCCAAAAUCAACGAAGCGAAAUACAAGCUCAUCAGGAAGCCCAACAACACUGAUUCUGUUUUCUCAUACGAUUUAACUGUAGAUUCAGAUUCUGACUAACAUUGUUUAUACCUUAAGGCUUAAACUGUCAUGGAUCUUUUUGGAAUAUGUGUUUUUGUAUAAUUCAUAGAGUG